AUGACUGCAUUAAACUUCGACGUGGACAAGUUGAUGAAUCAGUUGACUACUGAUGAAAAAAUUAAACUAAUUCAUGCCGAUGAUUAUUACCAUACUGAAGCAAUUGAGCGGUUGGGUAUUCCAUCCUUAAGAGUCAGCGACGGACCAAAUGGUGUCAGAGGAACCGUCUUUUUUGAUGCCACUCCUUCUGCCUGCUUCCCUAAUGGUACGUGUUUGGCGUCAACAUUUAACCGAGAGUUGCUAGAAGAAUGUGGUCAUUUGAUGUCCAUUGAAGCUGAGCACAAAGGUGCCCAAGCAAUUUUAGGUCCUACCACCAAUAUUCAAAGAGGUCCUCUUGGAGCUCGUGGAUUUGAGAGUUUCAGUGAGGAUCCAUUUUUAGCCGGUAUCUCCACAGCAUCGAUAGUUUCUGGAAUUCAGAGGACUGGAAGAGUUGCCGCUACUGUUAAGCACUUUGUCUGUAAUGAUUUGGAUGACGAGAGAAUGAGUUCUGACAGUAUCGUUACUGAGAGGGCCCUCAGGGAGAUUUACUUGGAGCCUUUUAGAUGGGCUGUCAAGUUGGCCAACCCUAAGUGUAUUAUGACCAGUUACAAUAAGAUAAACGGAGUUCACUGUUCUGAGAGUCCAAAACUCAUCCAGGGUGUCUUACGUGAUGAAUGGAAGUGGGACGGCAUGGUCAUGUGUGAUUGGUUUGGAACAUAUUCAACUGUUGAUGCCAUCAAAUGUGGUUUAGAUAUCGAGUUUCCUGGCCCUACAAGAUUCAGGAGAGGCGAUAUUGUUAGGCACUUGCUUGGAUCCAAGGAGAAGAACUUGUCUAUAACUCACAUCAAUGCCUGUUGCCGCCGAGUUUUGAAAUUUAUUAAGUCUGCUGUUGAAAGCAGAGGUACCACAAAGUUUAACUUUACUCAGGAUACAUUGAAUGAUACUCCUGUUACUUCUAAAACUUUGAGGAAGGCUGCCGCAGAAGGAAUUGUCCUACUUAAAAAUCAGAAGGAUGUUCUUCCACUUUCCAAAAAAGACUCUAUUGUAGUUAUCGGUCCAAAUGCCAACAUUACAUUUUCUUGCUCAGGCGGAGGUUCUGCUUCAAUGGAUUCAUACCAUAUUGUUACAAUCCUUCAGGGUAUUGAAAACAAAGUUGGUCACAAGAUCACCUAUGAACCAGGUUGCUACAAUCAUAGAUUUCUUUGUAACCUAUUUGAGACAAUGACAAAUGACCAUGAUCCAUCCAAGAAAGGAGUCAAAGCUUCUUUCUUCAAUAAGCCAGCGGAAGAAAGAUCACCAAAUGAAAAACCUUUCGAUAUUAAAGUUGUUCAUACAUCUUGCUCAAAUUUGUUUGACUAUGAAAAUCCAGCCAUAGAUCAGAAUACGGGUAUCUUUUAUAUUGACUUUGAAGGUUAUUACAUACCACCAGAGACGGGGGAGUACAAGUUUGGUUGCCAAGCUUCUGGAACAGCUCUUAUGUAUAUGGAUGGAAAGCUACUCAUUGACAACAAGACCAAUCAGAAAGUGGCCCCUUCAAUCAAGGUCGGAAGUAGAGAAGAAACUGCUGUUGUCCAUCUAAAGGUAGGCCAGAAAUAUCACCUUAAAUGGGAGUGGGGAUCCGAUGCUACUUCCAAGUUAUCAAUGCAUUGGGGUUCUGGAAGUAUGCAAGUUGGUGUCAUUAAGGUGUUCGAUGAAGAUGACCAGAUUCAACGUGCUGUGAAUGCUGCAAAGUCUCACGAUAGGGUUAUUCUUUGUGUUGGUUUGAAUGGUCAGUGGGAGACUGAAGGUAUGGAUCGUGAAAUCAUGGGUAUUCCUGGCAGAACAGACGAGCUUGUUUCUGCUGUGUUGAGGGCCAAUUCGAACACUGUUGUGGUCAACCAAUCAGGAACCCCAGUUGAAAUGCCUUGGUUAGAAGAUUGUGACACGUUGGUUCAUGCCUGGUACGGAGGUAAUGAAAUGGGUGAUGCUAUCGCAGAUGUUUUAUUUGGGGAUAUCGUUCCAAGUGGCAAGUUAGCUUUGAGUUGGCCUUACAAAAACGAAGAUAACCCAGCAUUUUUGAACUUUCAUACAGAAAAUGGCCGUGUUUUGUAUGGCGAGGAUAUCUUUGUUGGGUACCGGUACUACGAGAAGUUACAUCGAGCUGUCGCAUUCCCAUUUGGAUAUGGACUUUCUUACACCAGUUUUGAAUAUACCAAUUUGAAGGUCUCAGCUGAUGAGGAAUCUUUGAAAGUCUCUCUGACUGUCAGGAAUGUAGGUGACAAAUACACUGCCAAAGAGAUUGUCCAAAUUUAUGUUGCAUCUUUGGAUCCAUCAAUCACUAGACCUGUCAAGGAACUAAAGCAGUUUGAGAAGGUUGAAUUGAGACCUGGUGAAGCCAAGACUGUAAGAUUCCACUUGACUCUUAAAGAAGCUUGUUCUUUCUUUGAUGAGUUUGAAAACAGUUGGUGCUUGGAGGCUGGCAAAUAUAAACUUCUAGCUGGCAGCAGCAGUGCAGACGUCCGUUUGAGCGCAGACUUUGAUGUUAAAAACACUGUUCAUUAUUCCGGACUAUAG